AUGGCGCCGGGCGCCUCCACCUCCGACCGCGAUCGCGUUGGCCCACACCCGUCAUACAUUGAGAUUGCGAAGCCAUACAUUCUACAAUCGCGCAUGCAGAAAUGUCUCUCAGAUAUCAACAUGAGCGAUGCCAAAGAAGAUGCUGUGCGUCUCCAAGGCGUUGCAUGGAUCGACCAAGUACGACGAGCGCUGCAACUACCUAUUCGCACCUUCAACACUGCCGUCAUCUAUUACCACAAGUUCAGGUUGCUACAUGCAGACAAUGAAUACAAUUGGGCCGAUGCGGCCGCGGCAGCACUGUUCACAGCGUGCAAGAUUGAGGACACGUUGAAGAAGAGCAGGGAAAUCCUGUGUGCUCAUUGGAACCUCAAAGCUGCGCCCGGGGAAACGCUGAGUAGCGAUGAUCCUCGCUUCGACAGUCAUUCCAAACUCAUCAUCGGUCUCGAACGGCUCAUGCUCGAAAGUGCCGGUUUUGACUUCCGCAACCGAUAUCCUCAAAAAGUCAUGGUCAAACUUGCUCGAGCCCUAAAAUUUGACGCCAACGUCGAGGCGAAGACAACUUGGAACCUGAGCAUCGACUUGUACAGGACAUUUGCGCCGCUGAAACAAUCCACGCCAACCCUGGCCAUUGCGUGUCUAGAGCUGGCGGCGAGACUGCACGGAAAGGACGCUACAAAGUUUGUCGAUGCAGGACCUGUCAAAUACAACACAUGGGCAACUAGCCGGGCAGAGGUCAUGGAAACGCUGCUUGAUCUCUUGGACCUUUACACCCACCACCGUGCCGCGACAUCCGUUGGGCCCAAUUACACGCUCGAGCACUUUCUCAACAUUCGUAUUGGAUUGAACCAGGAAGCGUCGGCUGCAAAUAUUCCUCGCUAUUCCCAAUAUGCGUCUGAGGCGGCAUCAGAAACCGGGGUUACGGGCAAUGGUACAAAAUCUCGAAAUGGCAUCGGCCCUGCAAGCCCAUUGACACCAGCAACUCCUGUCACGUUGUCACCUGGCACUGAGCACGCACCCAAGUCGGCUAUAGGGAUCCGUGGUCAGAAUGGCACAGUCAGGUUUAUGCUGGAUGCUGCCAGAGCCCAUGACGAGCGCGCUGAAGUAGAAAAAUUUCACAAGGUCGAAGAAGAGGAGUACGAGGUGGAGGUGUCCAAUGACACUAGGCCCGAUGACAGGGAAAGAGACAGGAUACGAGUUGGACGAGUGCGUCGAGAAUAA